AGUGGUGUCCGGAAACAUGAACAAAUACUGUCUUUGAUUGCCCUGCUACAGAAAUGGUGCCAGCGUAUGACAACUGCGGAUUGUAGACAUUUGUUGCACUGAUGUUUAACCUGCCAGGCAGUUUAAUGGAGAAGUCGUUAUCAUUUCUUAGAUUGUUAACAUGUCCUUGGAAACAUCCUCUGCACGUGUCACUAACCGGAAAAUAAUUCUGCCAAAUCCCUUGUAGGGCUUCGAAUGGUAGGCGUACUGUCAGUUAUAAAUGUUAACGUUACGUAUUUGUUUUAUUUUUCUGCGUCGCUAUAAACAUAUUGAUAAUAACAGAUUUAUGAAAAUGUCAACUUCCAGUGAUUUCACAGGGUUGUCAAACCGAUACACUCGGAACACUUUUAACCUUUAUUCGCAUUUAUUCGUUUUUCAUCACACGUUCUGGUGUGGAUUUUUGUCAAAACUAAUAUGUGAUUACAGGGCCCAGGGAUGACAAGAGGAGAUAUGGAGAAGCAAUGCAAGAACAGGUAUGCAUGUACAUGUAAUCGUUAGUGCAUAUAUAGCAGAUAUUAAUUUUACCUCGUCAGAUUUUUGAAAAAAAAUACGAUGUAUUGUCGUCACUUGAUCGUCGGCGUUGGUUAAAAUUUGUGUUUAUGUCCAUCUUUUCUCGAAAAGCUUUGAAACUUUGCACACUUGUUUGGUAUCAUUGUGUGACUUAGUAGGCCAAGAACCAUAACUCUGAUAUAUAUUUUGUCAAAAUUAUGGCCCUUUAUGUACUUAGAAAAUUUGAGUUUCUUGGUUAAAAGUUUUGUUUAGGUCCACCUUUUCUCAAAAACUGUAAGAGCUACGGCUUUGAAACUUUGCACACUUGUUUGUCAUCAUUAGUUGACAUAGUAAGCCAAAAUCCAUAACUCUGAUAUGCAUUUUGUCAAAAUUAUGGCCCUUUAUGUACUUAGAAAAUUUGGAUUUCUUGGUCAACAUUUUUGUUUAGGUCCACCUUUUCGCAAAAACUAUGAGUUACAGCUUUGAAACUUAGCACACCUGUUUAUCAUCAUAAGAUGACUACGUAGGCCAAGAACCACAACUCUAACUGCAUUUUGUCAGAAUUAUGGCCCUUUUUAUACUUAAUAAUUCUGAACUAUGACUCUUUUCUUACAUACUGACCAGCACUUGCAGACGAGCGAUGGCACCCGUAGGAGGUGCUCUUGUUAGAGAUAUUGUUCGCAGCAUACUUGCACAUGUAUUAUUAGAAAUAUAUUAAUUCACAUAUCAUUGUAUUUUAUCACAGUAAUAAGUAUUAUAGAUAAAUUAUUGUAUUGGGAAAAGUUUUUUUCUUUUAAUUUUAAAGAAUGAAAAUAUCCGUUGCUUUAGUGAUUGCAAUGCUUCUGAUUGACCGGAUUUCCUAGUUAUAUAGGAGCAAUAACAUAUACAAACAAAUUUAAUUGCAUCUAAUCAACAUUAUUUGAAAGAUUUUGUAUACCCUACAACAUUAUACAGCUUUGGAAAAAAAAUGGUCACAAUUUAUUUAAAUAUAUGAUACUUCAAGACGUUGAAAAAUUAUUCUUUUUUUUAAAAAUAAUAUAUUUAAUAAAUCAUGUCAUUUGAAAAUUGCCUGAGUGUUAGUCUAAGAGUUUACCAAAUUAUGCAUUAUAAUUUUCCAACUGUAAAUAUAUCUACUGACAUUUCGAUGAAGUAAUAAUAAAAACAACCAACCUAAUUACGGAAACGGGAGCGGUCUAAGUGAUAGAUAUCCGAUAAUUAUGAUUAAUACUGUCGUCGUUGUCGUCUUUACGUUGUUUAAUAUAAUAAUAAUAUUAUUAUUAUCAUUGAACUGAUAUUGUAUGAAAAACUACGUUUACCAAAUAUAUACGUUUUACAAGAAUGUUUUAUUACAGGGUUAAUUUUAUUUUAAUCUGUUAUAAAAGAAAAUAACAGUUUCAACAAAAGUCUUUUUGUUUUUGUUUUUUUUUUCUGUAUAAAACUACACUCUAGUUCUGGUUACUCUUCCCUUUUCUACACUGGGCCAGCUUUAAAAGCCUGUUGCCACCAAACACUUAAACGGCAAAAAGUGGCCAGACGUCUAAUUCAAAUGUCAUUUUUAUAACUUUUGUGUCAAAAAUAAUAUUAGUGGGUCAUAAAAUAAAAACUGGAGAUACUUAUAUAAUUAUAUAAGUGAAGAAGUGUCAUUUGUUAAUGAUUAGAUCAAGGUUAAUUUUUAUACGUCUUUUUUUCUUUAUUUAAGAAACAAAGAAGCUUUUAGUUUGAUAGAUAACUUGUAUUGACCGUAAUAGCAUUUUUUCAUAAUAAUUGCUGCAAAAAACUCAUUUUGGAUGGGAUGGAUUUUCUUAAGUAAUACAAGUUCUCAGAUAUAGAUAGAAACAUUUUUUACAUAAUAGUGUUAUAAAUACAAAGAUGUAUGCAUAUACGUGUUGGGCUCGAAACUUAGCCCAAAUAAUAGGACGUUUUGGGACCGCGUGAUAACUUUUGACUGUCGCUGUCCCGUCAGAGGGAUGACAACUAUAAAAUAACAGAUCAUAAAAUAAGUAAGGCUAGGCUCGAACUGUGGCCCGCAUCAUGAAAAACAGGUCUUCUUAGAAAGUCUAUGUACAUUUUAAUAUUUACUAAAUUAGCAUUUAAUUACUUGUAUUUUUAAAAUUCCUGUAGUAAGAUUUUAGCUCGCUGUAUUUCGAAAUUGAGCGAUAGAGAGCCAUCAUCGCCCUCCUGCUGAAAUUUUCUAUACUUUUGAAAUGUUUUUAGAUGAUGUAGUUGUAAAGUUUUUUCAUUUGACUACACUAUCCAGUUCCUAACAAAAAAUGCAUGUACAUGUGCACAAAUAAAUGUUUUUGGUUUAAGUUUUUAUUGCCGCGGACGGCCCGGGUUCGAUUCCCGACUCAGGCAUAGGUUUUUUUUUCUUGAUUUGGCAUUUUUUUAAAGAUUGUUUAAAAACAGAAAUUCAUAUCCUUAUGAUCAUAAUAUGACCAAACUUCGUUUUUAAAGAAAGAUCAUUUUUAGCCAAAAUCUGGAAGUCAGUGCCUUUAAGUAUAACGUACGCAUAGGCUUCGAAAACAGUGAAACAUUAUGAUUCGGUUAUGAUUCGUUAAAGUCUAGGAUGUAUAUAUAGGUGUGGAUUAUAGGUACUUAUAUUUAUCAUACAUUUCACGUGAAAAACAACAGUAUUGAUAUGAAAUAUAUAUAACAUGUUUAUCUAGAAGAUAGCCACUGUUUGGCAUCUUAAAAUCGUUUUAACAUCUCAAAUAUUUGCUGUGAUCGUAGUAUUUUAAAAUACGGUAUGUAUUUUAACGAAUUUCUGAUGUCGCAGGGUAACGAAACCCGAUAGAAAAGUUGGCAUCCCAGGAAACUGGGAUUUGCCGAUUAUUAACAUUCUAAAAUAUAAAAAAUGUGUAGAGUUCUAAUUGUAAGAAGUAUUUAUUCAAAACUAAUUCUGAAAAUUUUCGUUUAACAGUAUUCAGUGUUUUCUUUAAUUCCUGUCCAAAACAUACCUGAACCCUCCGCAAAUAGAGAAUUGUAAACCUUAGAUACCGCUGUGGAGAGCUAUACGAAUUUUUCAUUACUUGAAGGCGAGAGGAUGAGAAUAUCCGGUUCGGCUUCGGGGACAUUUUCGCAGAAAUAAGACAAAACGAAUGAGAUUUUUUCCUGAUAGAAGCGUACUUGAAGCCUGGGAAACAUAAAUGGCGUCUUAAUAGUUUCAAACGUGCGCAACAACGAGUCGAUAUUGUUUUAAUAAUACUUAUAUUUUUGAAUCGAAAAUUUUACUAUAAAGAACAAAAACUACGACCAAUAUAGUUGAUUUCUAUCCUGUUUUACUUAAGAAAAAAAAAAAAAAAAAAAGAAACAAUACACAGAUUUACAGACGAAUGUUGUCUUCAGCAAGAGAAUCAUUUUCUUCCCGAUUAGUUUUCCUGCACCAUUGAAAACACCGGUGUUAAGGAAAGAAACUUCAUCAAGGAGCGUAAAUUACACAGUUUUUGCAACAAAUAUUCAGUGUUUCUUUUCUGGUUUGGGCCGUAAAAUCGGGAUAUAAUAAAUGGAAAUUAAAUCAGAGUUAUGCCAUAUCUCCAUACUCUUUUCAUGAAAUAAAAGAUACUCCACAUAUUGCAGUUGGGAUUACAGUUGGGAAAAGGGGAUGGUGCAACACGCAACGAAGUUCAAGUGGUCAUAAUUAAUAACCUCGGCAUAGACUGUUUUUGUUCUAUAAAAGCUAUGAAUACCUUUUAAAACCCUUUUAAAAGUAUUUUGUGAUCAGAUGUAUAAAUAAAUCCCAAGUACUAUUUAAACCCCAGACGAAAUCCGAGAGGACGGCAUUUAGUAAGAGUGUAAUCAGGUGCAUUUGUGCUGAAAGAAUCUAUUCACUUUUUUCACAAAUCCUGACGGUGCAAAUUCGGGAGGUAUGAAAGCAGACGUACCUUUUUUCGUCUGGUGCUCGCGUGACUUUUCUGAAAGAUACCCCCAAAAUAAUUCAAUGAUUUCACGGUCUAGGUGACGACAAAGUACUUCUCUAAGGUCUGUGUUACAUGCCAGUGUACAGUCUGUUCAGGUGGAAAAUCGGGUCUGAUUGCUGUAAGUUUGAUCAUUUUGUAAGUUUGCUAGAAAGUGAAGUGUAAGCUUAACAUCCGUAUGAUUAUCCUUUUGGAUCACAUGGAAUUCCGCAACGUUCUGUAAGUUUGAUCGUUUUGUAAGUUUGCUAGAAAGUAAAGUGUAAGCUAAACAUCCGUAUGAUUAUCCUUUUGGAUCACAUGGAAUUCCGCAACGUUCUGUAAGUUUGAUCGUUUUGUAAGUUUGCUAGAAAGUAAAGUGUAAGCUAAACAUCCGUAUGAUUAUCCUUUUGGAUCACAUGGAAUUCCGCAACGUUCUGGGCGUACAAUUCAUUGCUUGUCCUGUUAUGUUUAUAUGGUUUAACUGCAUUCCAAAUGAGUCUUUCAUUGUUUCCUUCAUAGAGGAUAGUACACGAGUGUCUUUUCAAAUCGAAUUUAUUACACGAGUUCAUGAAACUGAUAAAAUGCGAGGUUAUGCCGAGCAUUUUAUAAAUAUUGUUCAAAUAGUUUAAUAAAGUCGAUGUAAGAAGACACAAAUGUGUUAUUUUUUAUCACAUGUGAAACAUCAACAUUUCUUCUUUCUUUACGUAUUUAAGAUCAAAUCAGUUCGUCUAACGUCCAUAUUUUUAAAACGACGUCAGCGUCAAAGCUUCAUUACGCUAGUGUAAUACAAAAAUUAUGUAAUGGCGUAUUUCACUCAAAUGACAUUAGAUAUGGGAUAAAAUUGUUUAACACGACUUUUGCAAUGAGUAAUAUCAACAUUUCCUUGUUGGAGUUCUGCGCCGUACUUUCUGCUUGGUCGUGCCUUUCUGAUCAAGGAUGUACAAAUAAUCGGACCCGCAAUUUUUCUGAUUCAUUUGCGUCAGGACAAAAAAAUGCAAUUCUCAAAAAAUGUUUUCUAUACAGUACUUGUCCCGCUAUACGGUUGAUUAAAUUCAUUAGUAUUUAAUUCAUUUGUGACCCACUGGCCUCAUUCGAUGCAAAUGCUCCGCGUAAAUAAUACAGUUAUUAUCAAUUUAACAGUAGAAUAAUAAUUACGCGCCCAUGUUUGAAUAAUUUUAACAAGCUCGCUGAUCUGGAAGUUUUCUUUAUCUUUAAAUUCUUUGACAUGCAUUGUUUCCAGAUUUUACUGGUGUAACUAUCCAGGUAUGUCUGCAGCAGGCAGUUUGUAUUUUAUGUCUCUAACUACAUGUUAAUCAUUUUUAAUUUCAGAUAAUUUAUUAUUUAUAGACUUUUUAAAAAUUUGGCAAUUUUAAUAUUAAUUAUGGUGCAGUAGUUUCUUUCAUUUUAAGGCUGAUUUUAGAGAAUUUUUAUAUAUAGAUCUUUAAACAUUGUACAGUUUAUCAUGGGGCCCGUACGGAAGAGAACUACAAUUCUGACCAUUCGAUCUCUGUCUAAUUUUGCAGGAGUUAAUAGAUAGACUUAUAAUAGAUAGAUUUUAUAAGUCAGUCUAAAAGUCUUAUCAAAGGUUGUUAAAAGUUUUUGUACCAGUUUGUUGUAAUGUCAGUAAGAUUUUUUAUAAGGGUCUGGUCAAAAAUGUCCAAUGAUUAAAAAUUAGCUAACAUACAGUUCUUGUUUAGAAAAAAAACUAUCAACAUAACUUGUUUUUGUUUGUCUGAAAAUUAGUACUUAUAAACAAUUACUUUUAGCACUAAAUUCUUUGUUUGUUAAACUGUAUGUGAAAUGUAACGAGGAACUUAAGAUAUAAAGGGAGAGAAUAGCAAAUUAUGGCUUGAUCCAGAACAUUACGUGGGCCGUACCCAUUUACCUUUAAAUGUAAUUGAAAGUAAGUAUUGAGACUUUGAUGAGAAUAGAUGACAAUUAUUGUUCAAUGUCCUUUCCACACAGUGUCUGUGAGUGACCAAUCCUCCAUAAAAACUAUUGUCUAUGAAGGUAAUUCUAUAAUUAUAUGCCAAGCCUUAGUAUACUUGUAUGUCCUCGGAGAUCUCAAAGUUUAUUGAUCCAAAAAAAAAGGAAAGGCUCUCUGUUAGUGCAUUCUUCAUUUGUAGAUUUUGUAGAUUCUUGUAGAACUUCUUUGACAAUUUAUUUUGUAUAUGAAAAAAAAAAUUGUACUAAAAAAAAAUAUUGAAAUUGGAAAAUGACUUGACAAUAUUAGUUUAAAUUAGAAACUAAAAGUUCGCGUUUGGCAUACUUAUUUUUGCAUUAGCAUUAAUCCUUUUUUAUGUAGUUUUUGGGCGUUUUAGGAUCCCAUACGUGUAUUCAUAAUUUGUGUAAUUGGUUAUUUUAUUAUUAGGUAGAGAGGAAAACAAAGGAAAGGAAAUUUCAAUCAAAAUUCAUUUUAUUCUUUUCAACAAAGACAUGCAGCCUUCCUGAGGUUUUAUUAUGUAGAAAUGUAGUUACAAAGCAACAUUCGUCCACACCUUGCUGUCGCAAAGCCGACCUGGGAGCGCCAUCUCAAUUAUUUGUGGUUUUACAGCGUACCACUUUCGCGGACUACCACUGUUAAGCGGCCCGGACAGGAGGGGGAACCAAACUUUGUUUUUUGCGGUUUCCGCGGCAUCACGAGCACUCUGGUUACCUCGGCUACCUUUGUUUGAUAUGUUCUUCCUUGUGAACCUCAAAGUAACAUAUGGUUGCGAUUCAUGUAGUUAAUUGAGUUUUGUGGUUGCGCACACCGGUAUAAAGAAAAUAUGAAAGACAGUUACUAUAAACAAGUCUUUAUCAAAUAGUAUAUGCAUCGGAAGUGGCCUUGUCUUACAUGUAGUACUAAUUUAGUUUGCGGUUUAAAUAUUGUUAUCAAGUCUCGUUAAUUUAUUUCAAGUUCAAAGACGAACUGAUCAUGUAAUAAAACCAAGGUUAUUUUAUUUAUCUUUAUUCAACUAAAAUCUUAUUAUAUAAUAAGUAACUUUUCAUCUAAAAGAUAUUACUCUGGUUUGAGAAAAAGAUUGUAUUAAAGUUCCGUAAGGCUUUAAAUGUUUAUGUUAAAUUCAGAUGGAAAAGUUAUUCAAAUUAAUGUUGCAUGAUUACAUUGUUAAUAAAGCGCUACUUUUAAUACCACACAUUAACUUUUACAGUAAUGAAAAGCAAUAGGUUCAAUAAAAUUUCCUUCUGUGUUGAUCAAUAUUCAAACCUUUGACAAAUAUUAAAGAAAAUAAUUAUCAUAAAUAGGAUUUAACAAGAAAUCGAUGUAUUUUAUGUUCAUUAUUGAAAAUUUGGCAGCCACAUUUUAAACAAAGGCAAUAUGAGCCUUUAAGCUAAUAGAUAUGCCUUUAGCUUGAGAGAAAAAUAUACCAGCCUUGAAAUUUUGCAGAUUUGUCUGAAGAAAGUCUUGCUCAUAAGAUAACUUGUUGUAUUCCUAAUCAAUUUCUUGUUGCAUGUGAUAUUAAGAAGCUAAGAAACGCCAUAUAUUUUCUAAGACGGAAAAUAUUUCAUUUUCAGCGUGACAAUAAGUGCAACGCUAUGAACUUUACAGGUUUUGUCUGUUUCACUCUUUGGCAUAUUCGUUCAUGAAAAAAUAUCAGUUUUUUCCAGCGACAUUACUAUAUUUUGCAACACGUGCAGUUGAUGUUGCAGUUAGCAGAGGAAACAUUUUGUUUCGAGAGACUUGUAACAUUUUUACCAUAUACCAUUGUAAAUGCUACAUAUUUUUAUUGCUGUUUUAAGCACCUGCGUUUAGAACUGUCCUGUCAUUUCCCAAUCCAGAGGCGCUCUAUGAAGAUCUGCAUCUGUAAUCCGGAAUAAUAGUGCGUUAUGUUAGCUGCGAGUUCAUCAAGACUUUCCCGCACAAGAAGGAGGAUUUCCAAAUAACUUCAGUGGUACAUAUUUGCGAUGAGAUGACAAGCAGGAGGCAGGUCGUACGAUGUGGUCAAAAUUAAUGUCAAGAGAUUAAACAGUGACAAGAAAAGAUGUCGGGAUCAUUGUCUGUGGUAGCAUUUGAAGGGGAAUUAAAUGCUAUUGUCAGAGAGUACUUAGAUUUUGGUGGAUUUGACAAGACUCUGCAAAACUUUGACAAAGAAAUUUCCUCAAAAGGCAAACCAGUAGCAUCAGCAGAGGGUAAAGGACCUGUCUCACAGAAACAAUUAGCAGCACAGAAUGGGUUGAUGGAAUUAUUCCACAAUGGGAAAAGAAAACGUUUUUUUGAUGUGUGGAACUCAAGCUUGCCAAAAUCACUGCGUGACAAUGACUCAGUGGCUCAAAAACUGGAAUUUUACCUCAAUAUCUACUUUGCCAUUUAUCCACUAAAGUUUGCAAAAGCGCAGUCUUUAGCAGAAAAAAACAUGCAGGAGUUCAAGAGUUUUCUGGAGAACCGAGGUGCGACUCUCAGUCAGACGACAGAGUUUUUGCCAUACUACGCCCUACCAUUUGUGCCAAAUCCUAAAGGUCAUCCUUCAUACAAAGAACUUUUCACAGAUACGUGGAUAAAAGAUCUUGAAGUUAGACUGGAAAAGUUUCUAACCCUGUCAUUGAAGUCAACACCUCAACCCAGACUGUUUGAUCUCUAUAGAGGCACGAGUGGCAGUACAGAGGGUAGAGACCAUUUUCAACAAGUACAGGUGUACCAACAACAGUUAGUGGAAUCAGAAAGAAAAACAAUGUCUUACAUCAAAAGAUACAACAAAGUUCAGGCUGACUAUCACAACCUGAUUGGUAUAACUGCCGACCUGGUUGAUUCCUUGGAACAAACUGUGCAGGGUAAAACUAUAAGUCCAGAGUAUUUACAGCACCUGUGUGGUAGAUUGUUCAAUGCACACAUUACAGGACAGUCUGUAGAUAUGACAAGACCAGGAACUGCUGGAGAUGCUCUCAGACAAUCUAUUGCUCCAAGGCAAGCCAGUAAGAUAGAACAGCCUGAAGAGCCACAGAUUGCACUGGACUAUGAGAAAAUCAAACAAGAUUUACAAGUGGCUGAUGAAAGACGAAAAUGUUUGCUUCUCCAGGCAUUAAGAUGGAGACUUACCCAGGCUAAUCCACUGACAAGAGAUAGCAAUAUGGCAGCAUUUAUACAGCAUGAUCUGCUGGGCUGUGCAACACCAGGACAACAUAGGGAUGCUGUGCUGUCCUUGCUUACAUCUAGUGAUCCUGUAGUGAAACAGUGUGCUGCCAGAUUAUUUAACGCAUUUGCCUCCCUUAGUUCAGGUCGAACAUAUCUAGCCACAAAUCAGGACCUGUUUAAAGGUUUAAUGGAGAAUCUGAGAAGUGAAGACAAAGAUUCUAUAACAAGAGAAAUGGUUCUUGGUGCUCUACAAAAACUCAGUUUAAGACGUCAGUUACAGACAUCUAUGAUAGAGAAUGGAUUGAUAGAAUGGCUGGUAAAGGUGCUAGAAGACAAUGACUCACUGUCGGACUAUACGCUGGAGUACUCGGUGGCAUUGUUGAUGAAUUUGUGCCUUAGAACAUCAGGCAAGAAAAGAUGUGCUCCUAAUGCCAAUCAGACAUUAAAAGUGCUCAGUGAUCUGCUAGGACAUGAUAAUCAAGAGAUCCGACCCUACGUGAAUGGUGCCUUGUACAGUAUACUUGCUAUCUCCACGAUUAGAGAGGAAGCGAAGGCAAUGGGCAUGGAGGAGAUACUGAGAUGUUUCAUCAAGGAAGACCAACCUGAUAUGAACAGGCAGAUUGAGUUUAUCAUAAAACAACUUAACUCAAGUGAGAUAGUUGAUGAGUAUGAGUCCGAUGAUGAAGAAGAGGACGAGGAUGAGGAGGACCAAGAUGCCAUGGAGGUGGAUCUUGACAAGGAUGAGAUAGUGAGAGCGGAGGGAGAUGAACAGUCGGGGGAGAAGUUGUUGGCGGAGUAUAUCUCUGGCAGUGCUAAACCUAGGAAAAGGCAUACAGAUUCUGUGAUGUCAAUGCAGGGGCCAUUGCAACGGCCAGUAACACCCAGUCAAAGGAGGGCUGUUGCUGAAAUGUUAAGUCGCCCACCUAGUCAGUCAGCAAGUCGUCCCGGUACAGGGAUGAAGGAUCCCACUGUCAGGCCACCCACUAGGAGUGGAAGUAGACCUGGUACCCAGGAAAAUGAGAUGAGAGAUUCCAGUAGGCCAUCAAGCCAGAAAUCUGGCAGAAUGUCUGCACAAAGCCAGAAACCAAAACCAGGUAAUCCUGAUUAUCAGGCUGCAUUUGGUUCCCGGCCCAAGAUUCCACGCACUCCAGAUCCAAACAGUAUGAAACGUCCUUCCAGUCGAGGCUCCAUCAGCCAGAUGCCGCCGGCCCCACAAUUCUCUGAGUCAGGUCCAAGACCCAGUUCUGCAGGGAAAUCUGGUGGUGGAAGUAUAAGCCCAAGAAAGGCAUCCGCAGGCAGUGGAAGAGGGGCUGACACUCCAAAAUAAACAAGACACGUGGAGUGAAGACAAGAAGCACUCACAGCUGAUGUAGCAAAUAUCAAAAAUUUGUACUGGUCAUUGAUUUUGCAAAGAAUAUGCCAACCUUGGGAAGUCCUUUGCUUGAUUAAGAAAUACAAAGAAAAAUCGUUCUACAAAUUGGUGAAAAAUUCAGAGACAAUAUUCUAAUGUUAUAGGGACAUGCUUUUCAGCAGAUUUUAUAUUUAGUGCUACUUCAGGGACUGACAUCUAGCAGUGGUAGAGACAUUAGAUUAUACUUUUUGUAGGCUGCUAAUAUUUUACAUUAGGUCUCUCAUAGUUUCAAGUGAUCACACAAGUUCUUGCUUUUAUUAGCUCACCUGUCACAAAGUGACAAGGUGAGCUUUUGUGAUCGCGCGGUGUCCGUCGUCCGUCCGUGCGUCCGUAAACUUUUGCUUGUGACCACUCUAGAGGUCACAUUUUUCAUGGGAUCUUUAUGAAAGUUGGUCAGAAUGUUCAUCUUGAUGAUAUCUAGGUCAAGUUCGAAACUGGGUCACGUGCCUUCAAAAACUAGGUCAGUAGGUCUAAAAAUAGAAAAACCUUGUGACCUCUCUAGAGGCCAUAUAUUUCACAAGAUCUUCAUGAAAAUUGGUCAGAAUGUUCACCUUGAUGAUAUCUAGGUCAAGUUCAAAACUGGGUGACGUGGGGUCAAAAACUAGGUCAGUAGGUCUAAAAAUAGAAAAACCUUGUGACCUCUCUAGAGGCCAUAUUUUUCAUGAGAUCUUCAUGAAUAUUAGUCAGAAUGUUUAUCUUGAUGAUAUCUAGGUCAAGUUCGAAACUGGGUCAUGUAGGGUCAAAAACUAGGUCAUUAGGUCUAAAAAUAGAAAAACCUUGUGACCUCUCUAGAGGCCAUAUUUCUCAAUGCAUCUUCAUGAAAAUUGGUCAGAAUGUUCAUCUUGAUGAUAUCUAGGUCAAGUUCGAAACUGGGUCACGUGGGGUUAAAAAACUAGGUCAGUAGAUCUAAAAAUAGAAAAACCUUGUGACCUCUCUAGAGGCCAUAUUUUUCAUGAGAUCUUCAUGAAUAUUGGUCAGAAUGUUCACCUUGAUGAUAUCUAGGUCAAGUUCAAAACUGGUUCAUGUGGGGUCAAAAACUAGGUCAGUAGAUCUAAAAAUAGAAAAACCUUGUGACCUCUCUAGUGGCCAUAUUUCUCAAUGGAUCUUCAUGAAAAUUGGUCAGAAUGUUCACCUUGAUGAUAUCUAGGUCGAGUUCGAAACUGGGUCAUGUGCGGUCAAAAACUAGGUCAGUAGGUCUAAAAAUAGAAAAACCUUGUGACCUCUCUAGAGGCGAUAUUUUUCAAUGGAUCUUCAUGAAAAUUGGUCAGAAUGUUGACCUUGAAGAUAUCUAGGUCAAGUUCGAAACUGGGUCACGUGGGGUUAAAAACUAGGUCAGUAGAUCUAAAAAUAGAAAAACGUUGUGACCUCUCUAGAGGCCAUAUUUUUCAUGAGAUCUUCAUGAAUAUUGGUCAGAAUGUUCAUCUUGAUGAUAUCUAAGUCAGAUUCAAAACUGGGUCACGUUGGGUCAAAAACUAGGUCAGUAGGUCUAAAAAUAGAAAAAACCUUGUGACCUCUCUAGAGGCCAUAUUUCUCAAUGGAUCUUCAUGAAAAUUGGUGCGAAUGUUCAGCUUGAUGAUAUCUAGGUCAGGUUCGUAACUGGGUCAUGUGCGGUCAAAAACUAGGUCAGUAGGUCGAAAAAUAGAAAAACCUUGUGACCUCUCUAGCGGCCAUAUUUUUCACGAGAUCUUCAUGAAAAUUGGUGAGAAUGUUCACCUUGAUGAUAUCUAGGUCAAGUUUAAAAGUGGGUCACGUGCCUUCAAAAACUAGGUCAUUAGGCAGGGCGUCAAGUUACCUAUAUUUACCUAUAUUUUCCUAUAUUUUAGCCCUCUACCUAUAAUAACCUAUAAGAUCCUAUAUUUUGCCAAAAUACCUAUAAAUACCUAUAAUCUGGAAAUUUUGUGGUAAAGAAAGGAAUACAAAGGUCAUUCAAACCAUUAAAAAAGAAGUAAUUCUAUGAUAAUUGAGUUUAUAAAUAUGCUGUUACCUUUUAGGCAUUGAAAUUUGUAUUCCUUUCAGGUGUAGCGACUUUGCCCAGCCCAGCUUUAGGAAAGCUUUAAGUAAUGGAAGUUCUUUUUACAAUUGGAAUAUUUUCCAUUUCUUAAAGCCUUCAUGUAUAAAAAUGUGAAUAGGAAAUGCACAUGUUUUUAUUUUGUUUUCAGAAUAAACAAGCCUUAAUGUUUCAUAAUUAAGCCUCAUAAUGCCUGCUAAUAAGAGUCAGUUUCGAGAUAGGUGGCUAUCAGAAGUAGAUGGCAAUGGACAUGAACUGAAAUUAUGGUGUGUCAAGGGGAAGAGUGACUCUUAUGGUCACUGUACAUUGUGCAAAACUGACAUAAAGUGUGAUAAUGCUGGACUGAGACAAAAUCUUCAACAUGCAAAAGGCACUCAACACAAAAAAUUCCCUGUUAAACUGAUUUGAGUACCAGUAUUGGUAAAGUUUUGUCUGUUGGUGAAUUAAUAGUUUAUUAUGAAAGUAAGAUAUAUGUCAAAAUGUUAUUUGUUUAAAAUCAUAAAAGUAGCCACUUUUUCUGUUCCUUUGUAUUUUAUGUUUAAUAAAAGAGAGUGCUGGUAGGUGGUGGAGGAGGAUAAAACACUUGUCUGACUUGUUUUCUUCAUUAUAAGCAACCUAUAUAAUCCUAUAUUUCUGGCCCCCAAAUACCUAUAUUUCAGGAUCCUACCUAUAUUUUUGACUCCCAAAAGCACUUGACGCCCUGCAUUAGGUCAAAUAAUAGAAAAACCUUGUGACCUCUCUAGAGGCCAUGUUUUUCAAUGGAUCUUCAUGAUAAUUGGUCAGAAUUUUUUAUCUUGAUGAUAUCUAGGUCACAUGUGCUCAAAAACUAGGUCACUAUGUCAAAUAAUAGAAAUAACGAUGUCAUACUCAGUUGAACACUGGGUCAUGUGGAGAUAGGUGAGCGAUUCAGGACCAUCAUGGUCCUCUUGUUAACUUAACAAUUGUAGGAUAAACAUGUCUGUGAUAAUACCAAUAUUAUGGUAUCUUUGAUAUUAUAUGCCACUAAUAAACUAUUUAUAUUUUACACUGAACUGCUCUAAAAGGACAACACUUACAAAGCUUUAACCCAUAUCAUGCUGGAUACGAUUGAUUCUGCCUUUGCGACCAGUGUAGAUCAUGAUCAGCCUGCACAUCCAUGCAGUCUGAUCGAGAUCUGCACUGUUUGCCAUUCAGUCAGUAUCUUUUUUGUUAGCACCCUUUUACAGUUAAUGGUUCUGUCCGAAUUGAAAGAUGGACAAGUUCAUUAUAGAAAUUUAGCAGAGUAAGAGUUAAAUAAUUCCUGCUUUACGCUUAGGUUUUUAUUAAAAUUUUCUAUGAAGUAAUGUAUAGUUGACAAAAAUUUCAUUAUGAUGAAAUCCAUAUUUGCAUAAUUAUGUUUUAUAAGACACACUACAAAAAUGAGUUACAAAAUGACACAAAAUUUGUUUAACCUUUAGCCUGCUGGCGGCAAGUAAUUCUGCCUUUGCGACCAGUGCAGACCAAGAUCAGCCUGCACAUCCGUGCAGUCUGAUCAUGGUCUGCACUGUUCGCUAUUCCGUCAGUAAAUUUUCAGUAAGCAUCCCUUCAAAUGAUAAAUGGUACUGCCCAAAUUGAAUGAUGGACCAGUCCAUCAUAGAAAUUUAGCAGGGUAAGGGUUAAGUAAGGAUUUGUGCCUGAUAUGCUUGUCAAAUCAGAGAAUGGUGUUCAUCAGUAUGAUUUUUAGUGUAUUUUUCAUUACAUAUUUAAGGACAAACCAGUAAUUAUACUCAAUAUACUCAUGUUUUUAACACCGAGUUACCAGUAUACGAUGUAGGUGUAAGCCAAAGAGCUCUCCUAAAGGCUUUUUCAUUUACCAGUUUUGAAAAAGUGCCUAAAAUUUCAAAUACUUUGAAAUAUUUUACAAAAAUUACAUUUUUUUUUCAUUUCAAAAUUCACAAGCUGUAUUCAAGUCAACCCUAUAGAAUAUGGUACUCGAAAAUUUCUGUUUAUGUUGUAAAAUUUCCCCUUUUGUGCAUUGAGACAGUAAAAAGGUUGACAUUACCCAUGUCUACUUCUUUUUAAGAAAAAAUGGAUUUUUUUUUACCGAUAGUCAAUAGAGAAGGGAUUUUCAUCAGUACUGACCUCAUAUUUUGCAUGCAUAUAUAAACCAUAAUUAUAUACUCUGUUGUCAUGCAUGAAUGAUUUCAUAAUGAAACAUCAUAAAUGAUAUGAAGCAGGUGUAUGUUUAUUUUCAUAUCAAAAAUAUUGCUUCAGAUAUUCACAAUUUUUGGAAGAAUAUAUUUAAAAAAAAGUGUUGUGUUUUUAAAGCUGUUCAGUGUAUGUUAAUUAUUGUUGCCGAUUUGAACUCAGUGGGAUUGUUACAUUAGAUACUGUGACCUUAAUACAUGUAUACAGUUAAAACUCGGUAUCUCAAAUUCCAAGGGAUUUAGCAUCGAUAUAACUGAAAUUCCGCUUAAAAUGAUAUUUUAUGUACGUGAUUUCAGAACAGGACUUAAACAUGUCUUUGAGAUAGCCAGAAUUUGAGAUAUCAUGUUUACACUGUAUCUGUCUGUAUGUUGCACAUAAAAAAAUGAGUUGCGCCAUGAGAAAACCAACAUAGUGCAUUUGCGACCAGCAUCCGCGCAGUCUGGUCAGGAUCCAUGCUGUUCGCUAGGGGUUUCUCUAGUUGCAAUAGGUUUGAAAGCGAACAGCAUGGAUCCUGACCAGACUGCAUGGAUGCGCAGGCUGGUCUGGAUCCAUCCUGGUCGCAAACAAACUAUGUUGGUUUUCUCAUGGCGCAGCUCAAAAAAAUCUUUUUAUAUGAAAAUAUGCUUUGUCUCGAGAAAGGCCAUUGAAGAUUAUAUAAUCAAGGCUUUAGUUAUAGAAUAAACACAUACAUACAUCAAUUAUAUCAAUACAUUACUGAAAGCAUGGUUUUGCCCAGUCAUUUGAAAUUUUCACUUUUACUAAGCGAAGUAUUAUUAUUACUACCAUGGAAACAUAAUAGGACACAUUGAUUCUGUGAUGUCACUUUAGGAUAAUACUUAGUAUUUUCUCUUACCUUGAACUGUUAUGAUUACAAGCCGAGAUCCCAUAGGAACUGUACAAGAGAAAACUUAAUUUAGUUUAAGUCUUCCUGUCGUGCAUUGACGUGAAAGAUGAAAAGGUGUUCAAUAUUUGAUGUUGAAAUUGCUACAUUGUGCGAAAAUGAUUAAAUGUUUACUUAAAGAAAGUAACAAAUUAAUACCUAAUCAACUCUUGUGUGAGCCACAUGUGCUUAUAUUCUUUAAUGAUGAAAAUCAGCUUGAUCUUCACUUCAAUCGACUUUUGAAUGGCAGGCUUAAUUGAUUGUUCUGAAUACUGUUUUAAAGUAGAAAACAAUAUUGAUGACAAAAGAUCAACAGGAAAAGUCACACACAGCUGACAUUAGAAUCUCUGCAAAAUUAUAUCUCUUGGUAUGGCAUUUUAAUUAUUUGUAUCAAAAGGGUCUCACCUUUUAGUUUCCCAAUUGAUCUAUACGGUUUUGAGGAUCUUUCGUUAACUUUAAUUAAAUUUUUUUUAAAGGAAAUUGAAAAUGAUUUUGGUUUUAGUGAUCUAAUACACCUUGAUUUUACUUAUGAUGUGAUUGACAUUAUGUCAAAAAAAACAUCCCCCAAGAUUUUUAUGUUUUGAAAUUAUUACACCCCCAGAUACAGUGUAUGGGGGUUAUAUUGGAGUCAUGCGUGUCCCUAGGCGCCUUGGUAUGUCUGUUUACCCAUUGUGUCCAUUUUACAUCUGAACCACUGGGAAGAUUUUUUAACAUAGUAGUAUCAAUUGUUAACCACAUCAAGACCAUGUGCAGUGCGCACAACCCAGGUCAAGGUCAAGAUCACUUGGAGGUCAAAGGUCAAAUAGCCUAACUUGGUGUUCACCCAGUAUUUUCUUAACUGUUUUGAAUAUUUUUAUAAAAGUAACAUCAGUUGUACACCUCACCAAGACAACCAAGGUCACUUGGUCCAAGGUAAAAAUCACAUUUGGAAGUCAAAGGUCUAAUGGCUUAAUUUGUGGCCGUUCUGUGUCUUCUUAUCAACUAAAAAGAUUUUCGUAAAAGUAGCAUAAGUUAUUUACCUCAUUCAGACAAAAUGCACAGUGCACAACCCAGGUAAUUAGGUUCAAGGUCAAGGCCACACUAAGAACUCGAGAAUCAAAUAGCACAACUUUGUGUCUGCUCCAUAUCUUCUGAACCACUGUAAAGAUUUUCAUAACCUAACAUCAGAUAUUAACCUCAUCAAAACAAAUGUAGGUCAAUAGGUCAAGGUCACUUUGAAGGUCAAAGGUCAUGAUCGCAACAUUUUAAUGUCCCAAUAUCAAAGUGGCGUCUGAGGGUAUUUAUUGCCUUAAGUGACAGCUGUAGUUUUACAUGUUAAAUAUACCUCAGCAGCUCUGCCAGUUACUUGAUUAGAUGCAAUCCAUAAAUCUAGGCAAUAUAUUUUUUUAUUGUACAGAUGUAUAUGCCCUAGUUAUGUAAAACCUACUUGGCUAUCAUGACUAAUAAUUAAGAUAGAUCUCCUCACAAAUUGGUACAGGGAAUAGACACCUUUUAUAGGCCAUUACCAUAUUCUAUCAAGCAAUUUUAUGAGUGAUCUCCAUUAUAUUUGAAAACAAUAUGCUGCAUUUGAUGAUAUAAGACAAUGAGUAUAUGGUACUCUGAUUAUAUAUGAAAAUAAUACAUUGCAUUUAAUGAAGCGAGACAUUGGAUGUCCGGCACUAUGAUUUAGUGCUGUGUAAUUUGAUAAAAGGUUGUGUUUCAUGCUGUUUUGGGACAAAGUUGUUUUCACUCUUAAGAAAUGAAUUAUUGAUUAUUUUUUUUAAUAAACAUGAACAGCUUUUUUUUACUGUAGAAAGGUACUUUUAUAUUUCAGUUUUACAUUUUGUCAUGAAAAUUGUUCCAUAAGGCCUUUGAUUUUUUGUUAAAAAAAGAAACUAAUAAAUCACCUCACUGAAUUGGUGCUAUGCAUUAAUAGCAAGCAUAUUAAAAAGCACUAGUUCCAACAUUGGACAUGAACAUAUACUGUCAGAGCCAAAAAGGGAGGUAAUAAAAAAACGAUGGAUUCUGUUGUACUUUUCAUUAUGUUAAUUAGUAUUUGAACAUUUAACAUUUUUUAGAAAAUUAUUAUCAAAAGAGGAUUUAACAUGAAAUUCAUUUAUUCUAUUUUAAUAACAAAAGCUGGCAGCCUGUGACGUUAAAAAGGCAUUACAGUGAAAUUGUUUAAACAUUCACUUAAUUUCUAAUGCAUUUUUAGGUUUUGACUUAAGUUGUUAUUAGUGUCAGAAGGAUAUUUAUUUUGAGUAUUUGAUUUAAUCAGUUUUAAGAACUUUGAUAUAUGUGUAUACUUCAUGUGAAUAUAAAUCAAAGAAUAAAGUUUGAAAAAUGGUUCCAGUGGUUGACAGAAAUUGUUAGUGAUCUUUGUAUUUGAAAUAAUGUCUAUACUUUGUACUUAUUUAUUUAUUUUAAGUCUUGAAAUAAAACUUGAAAUUUU